AUGUCUGAGAGAUCCUGCCCCCGUCCUCCCGGACGAGAACUGGUCCUCGAGGAUGUUCUUUCUCAGGAUAUCACCAAGCCGGAGACCUUCACGCUGCGUUUGAUAUCCCCAGAGGUACUACAUCACGCAAGUAAAAAUGUCGACUCCCUCACCGUCGACGACCGAGACCUAUUGGCCGUCGCCCUCGGCGCCCCCGCCCGCCAAGUCAUGAUUCGAGCCGAAGAGAUUGGGCACAGGACAGGAUGGAAGGACGGGUACCUCAGCGCCGAGAUGCCCGGCUGCGUUGGCCGCGGCCGCGUCCGAGAAUCCAUCGCCGCGAUGCCCCUGGUGGAGGGAACCGAGGACAUCAUCCCCGACCGUGCCUUGUGGGCCGCCAUCGUCGCCCUCGGCAUGCUCUGCUCCAUCUACCGGUACGAGGAGAAGAACGACGGUUACGACGGCGUCAGCAUCAACAAGGUUUCGACCCGCCCUCAGGUCGAGAUGGCCGACGACCUCGGUCCCGAGCUCAUUGGUAUCCCUAGGGCCACGUACAACCUCAAGGUCCGGGACCCCACCUCGACCGUUCCCUACGUUGGCCGAUUCGACAACACCGACCUCCGAUGGCCCAUGUUUGGCGAGCGUACUGAAAUUGCCUUCCUCAAGGGCUGCGCUGACACUGAUGCCUCCUUCCAGCAUGGCCCCGAUGCCAUCGCCGCUUGCCAAGAGGCCGUGAUGACCCGCAACGUCGAGGGCCUCCUCCGCGAAAUGGUCCGCCUCAAGGAGAUCCUCGAGCGCAUGCCCAACGCCUUCCACUCCAUUUCCACGAACCCGAAUUCCGGCGACAACUACGUAUCCGCCAUGGAGUGGGUGCGCUGGGGCAAGUUCUCCGCCCCGCUCUCGAAGCGGUGCCCCGCCGCCUCGGGUCUCCAGUUCUCCCCUACCUCCUCAUGGAUGCCUUCCUCGGCCGCAAAAGUACGACUCCUUCCUCGGCAACGAGGGUCUCCACCUCCGCGCCUGGCUGCCUUCCAACCUGAGGGCCUUUAUCGCUGCCAUCGAGUACCACUAUCGCAUUCCCGAGUUCGUCGUCGAGUCGGGCGACCCCGCCUCAUGGGCGUCUUGGACGGUAUUAUCGAGGCCUACACGGGCGAGCGAGGUUUCAUGGGCACCCACCGAUACAAGGUCUUCGGCAUCCUUGAAGUCGCCUCCAAGACGGGUCGUACCGAGACCAACGGAAACUCGGGCGCCGCCGAGCAGGCCGGACGACCCUGGGAAGAGGUCCACCGCCAAUUCUCCGACGCCAUGAAGGAGCGCCUGGAGCCGUUCCGAGGCACCAACCUCGUCGACCCCAACGAGAUGCGAGGCACUUUUGCCGAGUGCCGCUACAAGUCGAGGAUCCUCAACCGGCAGUUUGUCGAUUCCGACCCCCAGCGAGGCCUCGCUCAAGUCACCCUCGACUUGCACGACACCGGCGUGACCUUCCAGCCCGGAGAUCGGUUGGCCGUCAUGCCCCUGAACUCGUGGGAAGAGUGCGCCAAGGUGGCCGCUGCCCUCGGCCUCGAGAACAUGCUCGACUCGCGCAUCUCCAUGGACCGCAAGUGGAGCCGCUUCGCGGAGCACCUCGACAGCGUCAACCACGGCAUCAACCUCAACGGCAAGAGGACCGGCGCCAUCCGCCAGCUGACCGUCAAGGACAUUCUCCGCCGCGGCCACCUCGCCCCGCUCACCAAGGAUCUCGUCCUCAAGAUCCACGCCAUGCUCCGCGCCUCCUCCAACACCAUCCUGCAGGUCCUCGCCACCACCGAGUGGCCCGUCCGCGGCACCCUCGGAGACCUUCUCCAGUCGGCCGUGCAGGAUACCCCGCCCAGCAUCUGGGAUCGCGCCUUUGACUUGACGACGGAUCUCUUCUGGCUCAGCGACCUCAUCCAGGUCGAGUACAAUCUCUGCUCCACUUUCUCCCAUGGCCACGAGAUCAAGCGCACCGGUGUCGGCAGCGGCUUCCUCAACCCGCCCGUCAACUCGCCCGAGAACUCUCUCAACGGCGACGAGGAGGUGCUCGUUGGCGUGUCCCGCCCCCUCACCUUCCAGCUGCCCCUCGACGGCGCCGCCCCGUGCGCCUUCUUCGCUGGAGGUAGCGGUAUUGCGCCCUUCCGGUCCUUUUGGCAGGCCCGCAUCGGCCAGACCGUGGGCCGCAACAUCCUCUACCUCGGCGUGCAGAACCGUGAAAAGUUUUGUUACGAGGACGAGCUCCGACAAUACGUUGCGGGCGGCUACAUGGAGGUGCACCUCGCCUUCUCGCGCGACAGCCGCGGCCUUGCGUACGAUCCCGCGCACCGGGACCUCGUGGAGAAGAAGAUGGAGCCCCGCUACAUCGACGCUCUGAUUGCUGAGCAGGGUGCGACCGUUUGCGACUUGGUCAUGUCCAAGAAGCAGGGCGGCCUCGGCGGGUACCUCUACAUCUGCGGCUCCGUGGCCGUCUUCGAUUCCGUCAUGACGGGAAUCCGCAAGGCCAUCUACAACCACCGCACGGCGACCAUGGACAAUACCGACUUCAUCAUCAACUCGGCCUUUGCGGAGCGCCGCAUCAUGUUGGACGUGUUCAUGACGCCCAAGCCCCUACCUUGCAACUUGGCCACGAUCCCGCUCUCGCAGCUGGCGGUGCACACCGGCCACAGGCCCGGAUCGCGCAUCUGGCUCAGCGUACACGGCAGCGUGUACGACGUGACGGACUUUUGCCCGAUGCACCCUGGCGGCACACUCAUCAUCAAGUCCAACGCCGGUGUGGACUGCAGCAAGUCGUUUGACGCCCUCGCGCACACCAACAACCCCGAGGUUGCCAGUCUGCUGACCAAGUACUUUGUGGGACACCUCACGCCCAAGCCCGAUUACCACGGCUGCGAGGAGCUGAGCGGCUUGUACGACAUGUGGUCGGACUACCUGCGCACGACGGUGGAGACGCUCGUGGCGCAGCAGUUUGAAAUGGACGACCUCAUGGGCUCGGACAAGCUCUGGUACCAGGGAACGAUGAUCAACAUGCUCGGUGUGCGCAUCUUUUACCAGUACCAGUCGCGUCUCCUUCAGGGCGGGUUCUCAGCCCUGUUCGGACCCAAGUUCCAGGAGCUCGUGCUUAAGCUCUCCUUCACCGUGGCGAACUCGUCGGGAGCCGCGGGCACCAAGCUUCCCGACAUCCUGGGAGCCAUCGCGCGAGCCAAGACGUCGCCUGACGCCGUGGCUACCUCCAAGGAGAUUGCGCUCGUCGGCCAGUUCAUCUGCGACAGCGAGUCGGCGCGCUUCCAGGAGCGGGGUAUCAUGGACUACGCGGGCAAGUCUGUGCAGUUGGAUAUCGAGCUCCUCGAGGACAUCCGCGAGGAGGCGUGCCACGGCAUGGACGCGUUCGACACCGUCAUGAACCUCGAGGUUUCUUCGGACGAGCAGCGCACCACGGCCCUUUGCUCGUUCCUCAUGCAGAUUCUCGAGCGCAUGGCCAAGAGGCUCGAGCCCCAUCAUGGGGCCAAGCCCUCGUACAAGCCGGCGGAGAAGACGGUGGAGUUUGACAAUGUGCUGUUCCAGAUCCAGCAGACAAUCAAGGACGCGCCGCGGCAGGCGCUCACGGGACGCGCCCACGUGCCGCUCAACGAGAGGCACACGCUCCGCACGCAGAAACCGACGCACGGGACAUCGGCGAUGGAGUCGCACGAGAACUCGGUGGCGCUCAACCGCAUGUCGCAGUUCAUCGACCGCAACAUGAAGGCGAUGCGGCGACUAAGCAAGAUGCCGCCGAUGCCGCUCAACUUUUCGCAAAUGGCGGCGACGAUGGAGGCGCAGAAUUUGGCCAAUCAGCAGCACCGGGUCCCCGGGGUGACGACGCCGCCGUCGAGCCGGGGCUCCAGCCGGUCGCCGUCGAGGAGCGGUCCGCUGUCGUCGGGAAUGCCCGUGCAGAUGCCCAGCGUGCUCGAGGAAAUGGUGGGCCAGCGUAUGCCAUCGCUGCACCGCCGCAAUACGGGGAGCUCGGACGGUGGGAGCGGCGGGCACCUCGGCUACAGCCUUUCCAGCCGCAUGAUGAUGCCGCCGUCGCCCGCGACCACUCCGCCGCUCGACUCGGGGUCGGCUAUCCAGGUGAUGGUGAAUAAACUCAACCUCAGGUCGCGGGGAGCCACCAGCCCGGCGCUGUCUCCCGUACCGGGCGGGGCGAGCGGAGGAGAGCACAUGCAUAGUCGCAACGCGAGCAUUAGCUCGUAUCAAGCGGCGCGGAGGAGUAGGGCAUUGUCGUCAACGGGGUCGCUGAGAACAUUUAAACUUGUGGCCAACCACUCCCCGACGGAGAUGAGGGUACCACCAACCUUUUAG